AUGUUUUUCUUUUUUCUUUUCUGUUUUUCGCCUCCUUUUGUUAUUUUUGUUUUUCCAUUCCCCACUUUUUCUUUUUUCUUCUUUUUUUUGUCCCUUUUUCUUUUUUUGACAUUUUCUUUUUCGUCUUUUUUUUCGCCUUUUUUCUUUUUCGACGUUUUUCUUAUUCGCCCUUUUUCUUUUCUCUCUUUUUCUUUUUCGCCCUUUUUCUUUUUCGCCUUUUUUCUUUUUCGUCUUUUUUCUUUUUCGCCCUUUUUCUUUUUCUUCUUUUCAUUUCUUCUUUUUCCAUGUUUCCUUUUAUAUUUUUCACCUAUUUUAUUUUUCUCCUUUUCUUUUCUUCUUUUUCUUCUAUUUAUUUCUCCUUUUUCAACUUUUCCUUUUGUUUUUUUCUCUUUUUCUUUUUCUCCAUUUCAUCUUUUUCCUCUUUCUCUUUUUCUUCUAUACGUUUCUUCUUUUUCCACUUUCUUUUUUGUAUUUUUCUUUUUUCUUUUAUCCAUUUUUUUUUCUUCUUUCUUUUUCUCCCUCUUUUCUCCUUUUUUCUUUUUCUCCUUUUUUUCUUCUCCUUUUUUCUUUUUAUUCUAUUUACUUCAUCUUUUUCCACUAUUUCUUUUGUAUUUUUCUCCUUUUCGUCUCUCUUUCGCUCUUUAUCUAUCUUUACCUCAGUCUUUCCUUCGUCUUUCAUCUUCGCCUUUGUCGUCUUCAUUCCAUCUUUUCUUUUCGAUAUUCAUUUAUUUCUUUAUUUUACUAUUAUGUUCUUCUUUUCCAAAUUGUACAUUUUUCGAUUUUCAUAUUCCUUCCAUUUUUUAUCUUUCUUUUUUUUUUAUCUUUCUUUUUCCGGUCCCCUUUUUCUUUUUACUUUAUUUUUCAUUCUUCUUUUUUCUUUUUCCUCCUUUCUUUCUUUUAUUCGUUUCUUCUCUUUUCACGUUCUCUUCCGUAUAUUUUCUCUAUUUCCUUUUGUUUUCACUCUUUAUCCUUUUUUUCUUUAUUCUUUCCUUUUUCUUUCUUUUCUCCCCAAACCUACCAUUCUCUUUUUUCACUCUCUUUCCAUCACUUCUUUUUUCUCAUCAUCUUUCCCCGCUCCGUUCUUUAUUAGAUUCGUUCAUCUAUCUUUACUCUCAGUCCAUCGCACGUCGCUUAAUCUUAGUGCUUGCCAUAUUCACUCCGUCUUUGCUUUUCGUUAUCCAUUUAUUUGUUUAUUCAACUAUUGUUUUAUUUUUCUCUUUCCUCUGUACGGUUUCGAUCCCUUCUUUUUCACACUCUUUCAUCUCUCUCACCAAACUACCUAUCAUCAUCUUCCUUCCCAACACCAUCCGACAUCUUACGCGUGACUACAACGAAUGCGGCCACUCGGCUGUACCUACUGACAGUUUUCACUUGUCAGUGGUCUUCGUUUUUCUUCAAGAAAGAGUAAACAAAGCUAAUGGAAUAAUAGAAUAUUCUCCGCCAUCUUUGUCUCGUGUCUUUCCGGCUGCUGUUCAACUCGAUCGGGCAAUUGGCUUCCGUUUUUGUAUAGGUGGCGAAGUCGCGUUUUUCUUUUCCCUUUCUUUUUUUCGCCCCCCUUUUGUUAUUUUUUGUUUUUUCAUUCCCACUUUUUCUUUUUUCUUCUUUCUUUUUCUCCCUUUUUCUUUUUCUUCUUUUCGCACUGUCUCUUUUGUAUUUUUCUCCUUUUCUUUUCUCUUUCGCUUUUUAUCUAUCUAUCUAUCUAUCUCUCUCUCUCCCUCUCUCUCUCUCCUCUCUCUCUCUCUAUAUAUAUAUAUAUAUUUUCAAACAACCGAACCAUAA